UAUAAAACCUUAAUACAUAAUGAUUAUUUAGAUAAAGAAACUAUUUCUUUUUUUUCAAAUUCAGUAGCUAUUUGAAACAAAGGUAUGGAAUUCCAGAAACAUUUAAAAUAAUGACAUUGCUACAUGCACUGCAACGAGACAGCAUAUCGUGUGGAGUCUUUUGUCUUAAAUUUGCUGAAAACUUUAUGAAUGGAGAAGAGUUGGCAAUGUCCUUUCCAUUAGAAGAAGUAGUUCUAUAUCGAAGCAAGGUGGUGCACUAUCUUAUAGAUAGAGGAGGUCAACAUAAUUGGAAAGAUGUUUUGUGUCGCAUAUGCGGUAAUGCAAAAGGACCGAAAAAAUAUAAAAAGCAAAUAAUAGAUAAAUGGAUUAAGUGUGAUAAAUGCUUACCAAGUCGAUGGUAUCACAUGGACUGCACUCCAAAUGUAACAGAAAGCAGCAAAUCAUUUACCUGCACAAACCUUUCUCAAAACAAUCAAUUAAAUUAAAUAAUAACAGUUAAA